GCUUCAGAAUGCUGACAUGGCCGCGUCCAUCGAGCUGAGACUCACUUUAUGGAUCUGUCUUGUGUUUAUUUUGUGUUUUCCUUCGGUCUCCGCGCUCAUUGAAGGACUGUACUGCGGGACUCAAAGCUGUUAUGACGUGCUGGGAGUUUCGCGCGACGUCAGUAAAGCUGAGAUCGGACGCGCGUACCGGCAGCUGGCGCGGAGGUAUCACCCGGACAGAUUCCAGCCCGGAGAGACCGACGACACCCGGGAAUCAGCCCAACAAAAGUUUCUACUGGUCGCCACUGCUUACGAGACGCUUAAGGAUGAAGAGUUACGCAAGGACUAUGACUACAUGCUGGAUCACCCAGAGGAAUACUACAGCCACUACUACACCUACUACAGGAGAAGACUCGCUCCCAAAGUAGACGUUAGGAUAGUGAUUCUCGUAACUAUUUGUGCAAUCUCACUGUUUCAGUAUUACAGCUGGUGGAGCAGCUACACAGAAGCCAUCAACUACCUGAUGACCGUUCCCAAAUAUCGCAUCCAGGCUACAGAACUGGCCAAGCAGCAGGGUCUGCUAAACCGAACCAAAGAGAAGGGCAAAAACCGGCGAUCCAAAGAGGAGAUCCGAGAGGAAGAGGAGCAGAUCAUCAGAGACAUCAUCAAGAAUAAAAUAGACAUCAAAGGCGGCUAUCAGAAGCCCAAUGUGUCUGACAUUCUGCUGUGUAAAAUCGUUCUGUUCCCCUACCAUCUGUGCACAUAUGUGGCGUGGAAUUUCUCGUGGUUUUACCGUUUCACCAUCCGCGGAGAGGAGUAUGGAGAGGAGGAGAGACUUUAUAUCAUCCGCAAGUACAUGAAGAUGUCUCAGGCUCAGUUCGACAGUCUGGAGAACAGCCUGAUAGAGACGUUCCUGAAGCAGCAGCUCUGGAUCAAGGAGAAUUACGAGGCUUAUAAAAAGGAACAGGAGGAGGAGAUGAAGAUGAAGAUGGCCACAGACUCGCGGUGGAAACGCUACCGGCGCUGGAUGAAAAGUGAAGGGCCUGGACGCCUCACUUUUGCAGAUGAUUGACUUCAUGUGCAGACAUUUACAGCUCAUGUGUAUGCGUGUGUCAUUACACAGCGCUCCCUCGCACUCGUUUACAGUGUACGGUUGCCUUUUCUCAUGUCAAAUGAGACCAAUAAGUAAAGGCUUUUUGAUUGUACUUAAUGGAGGAUCGUUCGAUUUUUCUGUCAUUGCAUAACGAGGAAGAGACUGAUCCAGUGCUGAAAAACUAAUCUCAAAAACAUUGUAGGUUGUUUUACACAGAAGAACGUGAUCAUGAUAGUAGAAACCCAGUGUUACAGUUGGUAAAACACCUCAUAUCUUCUGCUGAAGGUUUUGUCUUUAUUUUUGUCUACUUAAUAGUGUUGUCACGAUACUGGAAUUCGAUAUCAAUCGGUACUGAUAUUUUGAAAACAAUAAUAUCCCGCUAACAUUUGAGCAUGUUCUUAAGAGCGCUGAUUGGCCAUUGUGUUCACAUGCUCAACAGAAAUGACUGUGAUUGGCCGUGAAGGUCGUCAGUUCACCGAACUCACCGCUGUUUACUGAGUGUAACCACAGAUACAGGGACACUGGAGCAUUUUAAAGCCAUGAAGAUCAGUCGAUUGUUCAGCGGAUCGCUCGUAUGUCAGCUUAUAAAUCGACCAGCUGGUCUUCGCUGCUUUAAAGUGCUCCAGUGUCCCUGUAUCUGUGGUUAAACUCCGUAAACAGCGGUGAGCUCGGUGAACUGAUGACCUUCACGGCCAAUCACAGUCGUUUCUGUUGAGCAUGUGAACACAAUGGCCAAUCAGCGCUGUUUAAGAACGAGCUUAAAUGUUACUUCUUAAAGGGAGAGUUCACCCAUAAAUUGAAAUUGUCAGUGUUUCCUCAUCCUCCACUUGUUCUAAACCUGAGUUUCUUUCUUCUGUUGAACACAAAGGAAGAUAUACUACAGAAUGUUUUAAAAACACUCAUUAACAUCCAUAGUACAAACUUAAAAAGUACUAUUGAAGCCCCCCCAAUCUUCAGUAUAUCUUUAUUUGUUUUCAACAGAAAGAUAUAUUGAAGAAUGCUGGACAAAACAUUGACUUUAAUAGUAUAUUUGUGUUUACUAUGGAUGUGAAUGGCUGUUUUGUCUCAGCAUUGUUCAGUAUAUCUUCAUUUGUGUUCAACAGAAAGAUAUACUGAAGAAUUUUGAAUAAAACAUUGACUUUAAUAGUAUUUUUUGUAAUUACUAUAGAUGCUAAUGGCUGUUUAUUUGUUCAGUAUAUCUUCAAAUGUCUUCAACAGAAAACGAAACCCUUAUUAAGUUGAGAACCGCUUGAGUUUGAGUAAAUGAAUGUUCAUUUAUGGGUGAACUGCCCCUUUAAUAUCACGUCAUCCAAUGAUUUACUUGUGUAUUAUGUUUGAUGGCAUGUUUUUUUCUUUCUCUUUCACUUCUCUUUUAUUUGCUUAUAUAAAUGUACACUGCUGUUUACUGAGUGCAACCACAAAUACAGGGACACUGGAGCGCUUUAAAGCCACAAAGAUCACUCGAUCAUCAGAUUACUGGUAUGUCAGCUUAUAAACCUACCAGUUGAUCUUCGCUGCUUUAAAGCGCUCCAGUGUCCCUGUAUUUGUGGUUACACUCAGUAAACAGCGGUGAGUUCGGUGAACUGAUGACCUUCACGGCCAAUCACAGUCAUUUCUGUUGAGUAUGUGAACACAAUGGCAAAUCAGCAAAUGAUAGUGGGAUGUUGAAUUGGUAGGGAAUUCCAGUAUUGUGACAACACUACUUCUUAAAGGGACAGUUCACCCAAAAAUUUUCUCAUCCUCCACUUGUUCUAAACUUGAGUUUCUUUCUUCUGUUGAACACGAAUGAAGAUAUACUGAAGAAUGUGUUAAAAACAGCUAUUAACAUCUAUAGUAAAAACAACAACAAAAAGUCAUUGGCACCCUCCCUAAUCUUCAGAAUAUCAACCUUUGUGUUCAACUGAAGGAUAUACUGAAAAAUGCUUGAUAAAAAAUUUACUUUUAAUAGUAUUUUUUGUGUUUACUAUGGAUGUUAAUGGCUGUUUUUCCCAGCAUUCUUCGUUAUAUCUUCAUAUGUGUUCAACAGAAAACGAAACCCUUAUUUAAAGUUGAGAACCGCCUGAGUUUGAGUUAAUGAAUGUUCAUUUGUGGGUGAACUGCCCCUUUAAUAUCACAUCAUCCAAUGCUUUACUUGUGUAUUAUAUUUGAAAGCAUGUUUUUUUUUUCUUUCUCUUUCACUUCUCUUUGAUUUGCGUAUAUAAAUGUACUCAUUUGCAGACUCUCAGUGAAGUUUUAUAGUUUAGCAGGACUUCAUGACAGCCUGUAGACGAUUAAUAAUUCAUCUGCAAUUUAUUACACCGUCAUCAAUCCAUAACCAUCAAAAGAUUCAAGUGUUUUAUUUAUGACAACGUGCCUUUUAUGAAUGCUUAUCAUUUCUGUAAUUCUCUUCUUUUUAAUGUUUCUUUGCCUCACUUGUAGAAAAUUGUUAUUUCUGUUGUUAAGUCUGUCUAGAAGAGAGACAAUCAUUAAAAAUAGAUACUGGGGAAGGAGCACAACAUAUGAAGAGUCACUUUUUAUACAUUCAAUUUGAUUAUUUCAUGCAGUUUGGAAUAAAGUUGAAUAAAACCAAGACUAGAAAUAGAGCUCAGGCAUUGUUUAAUUGAAUUGCAUCUCAUUUAAAAUGACUUGAUUUCUGGAAUCAAAAUCAUUCAUGUUAUAUCGGCAGCUAUGCCGAUAUCGGCCGAUAAAUGCUAUUAUUUUUAUUAUUAUCAUUAUCGGUCCAUAACAAAACAUGUUAAGCUGAUGAAUUAUGUAUUAUUUACAUCUAUAUAUCAGCAAUCUGCCUUCAAAUUUAAUGAUUUUCUCCAUCCAGGGCAUUACACGUGGUAUAGAAAUACACAAUAAAAGCAGUUCGUUAAAACA